AUGAAUGAUGAGAUUGCAUCACCGGCCAAAGACAUUCCCACUCUCUAUGCUGAUCAUGAUGAUAUAGUUGAUGAUUUUUCUAGGGAGAAUGAUGAGGUUACUCGACAUGACGAAGGCCGAGACCUUAAGCACGUGGAUACAAGUUUGCAUGCAGACCACGCACAAGAAGAAAAUUUUGACGUCCAACCCAUUGGAAAUGAUGAGAUGGGCGGUGCAGCAACCUCUAAAUUCGAUGACGGACCUCCUUUGCGACAAGAACCCGAGCUCGACGUCCUCCUCCUGGUUUGGUUGAUAUAUAUGAUACGGAGCUCCCAAUAA